UACCCUAUAAUAAGUAUACUUAUAUUAAUAAUAAUAAUUAAGUUCGUUUAUUAUAAGGGAAUAGAUAAUAAACCGAAGCCGACUAUUUUUUAUUUUACUCUAGCUAAGAAGCUUAUUUUCUAUAUAGUUAGUACUAUUAUUGCUCUAGCUCUUUAUAACUACGUUUUUAAUGCCGCGAGUUUAACGUCCGUAUUCCGGAUAUUACGAGCUUAG